GCGGGGAUUUUGAUGUUUUGUUUGUUUAGAAUCUCCGUAAAAAUCCGCAGAAAGUUCUAAUUCUGAUAUAUUGGACAUCAUAGUCAUACAUUAAAAUAUAAUUAGGAAAAGAAAGACUUGUGAGUUUUAGCAAUGGAAAAACUAAAGAAUUUAAAGAUGGCUUUAAAAACCUGGGAAGCAAAUUUCUUGAAAGAAAAUGGUAGAAAACCAAACAGUGAAGACAUUGGUUUAUCAUCAGAAAACAUCCGAAGUGCUUACUCUAGGUACUAUCAAUUAAAGAAACAGUUAGCCAAUUGCAGUGCAGACCAUUCCUCUAUCAAAGACGAUGAAAAUACUGUAUGGGGUAAAGAGUUCAAUCGAACCCCAGAAAAUAACAGUGAUGGACACAGAAAUAGUUCGUCUGAUGAUCUGAAGGUUAAGCAAGCCAUGUAUUUAGAAAAACUCAGUACCAAAAUGUUCAUCAAUUCUAAACGAUGCGAUGCCAUGAAAAAAAUUGCCAACAAGAAUUUGUUACAACAAAAAUCUGCAAAGAAAGAAGAGAAUUCAAAAAGGGCAAAAACAAAUUGCAAUUUAUCAGACUUGAAUACAUCUGAAAAUGACAUAUCAUUAGCUUCCACCCCUGAGGAAAAAAAUGUUUCUUCUUCAGAAACAGGUGUAGAAAGUUCUGGUACCAAAGUAGUUGAUGAUUCCAGUCCAGAAGAAUCACUGCAACUAAAUCAUUCUGGGUUGUUUAAAAAUGUUUUGAAUAUCUCUUCACGGAAACGAAAUGUUAAAAGUGAUGCAACUGAUUCCUUGGUUAUUCCGAGAUUGAUCCAUGAAACCAAAAAUCAUAAGUUCUCUUUGUCUGCAUCUAUAGCUGAUUACGCUGAUGAGGAAAUUUCCACUGAUCCUGUCUUAAAUAGAGAUUUCAAAGAUAAUGUGAAGACAUCUUUUGAUUCUUUUCCCAAUUCUCAAGAUAAUUCUGAUUCCAAACGUGAGUCCAAUGAUAUGCAAAAUAUAGAUUUUCAGCUGGAUCAUGUUGGUCCAGAACUUAGAACUUCUAAAGAUACACAAAGAAAUAACAAAGAUAACAGUUUUAAUAAAAAUACCAUUCCUGUUAAAUUGGAACUGAAGAGACAGAUGUCUCCUGAAUCCAACAAAGCCAAACGAAGAAAGAUUUCUGUGGAUACUGCACUGAAUACCUCUAUGUCUUGCAGUAACAAUGGGGAAACUACUUCUGUUAAAGACUCUGGACCUUACAGUGUUUGUGAUAAGGACUGUUUUUCCAGUACUGAAAUCAGUAAAGAAAAAAUUCCAAGGCUCCAAGAAUCUGUUGAAUGUUCCAGCUCUUCUGGAACCAAUGAUUCCACCCUGAAACCAGUAAAAUCUAGCAAUACCAAGCAAACUAAAAAGACCUUUGCUGCUCCGAAAAUGAGCCAAAUAAACAAAUCUGAAAAUUUUGUUCGUUUGAAUAUGAAGGUGAAACGAUUUAGUAAAAAGGGCCAAGGAACAAAAGGAGCCAAGUUCAAAAGGUUAGAAUGGAAAAGGAAAAUGAGGGCAAAACAAAAGUCAUAUGGAGAGAGAUGUUUCCGAUGUGGAGAAAAUGGACACUGGGCUAAAAACUGCAAGAAUGUUCCAAACUCUCAAAGAAAUAAAAAUAUCCAGCAUGAACAAACAAAUGCAGAAUAUUCUUCAUCAAGUGUUCUUGAAGAAGAUUACCUGACACUCAGCCAAGCUGUGUCUAUCUCAAAAGGAGAGUCUCUUUCCAGCUGCGUGGAACAAGAUGAAUUAGAAAUUGAGAGAUCAGUUGUAAGGGAUCCAUAUGAAAUGUUUAACAAGUUCAUUGCUUAUCGAAAAAGCACAGAGCCUUAUUUGGUCCCAAAUGAUGAUGGAACAUUACCAGACAUACCUGGUGAAGUCUAUACUGCUCUACAGAAGUUUGGUUUUAGUGAGUUUAAAGAUGGACAGUCACAGGCAAUUAUGAGAACUUUGUGUGGAUUGUCAACCCUUGUCAUUCUCUCUACAGGAGGCGGUAAAUCGCUUUGCUACCAGUUACCUGCUUACUUGUAUGGGCAACGACCGAAACAUGUGGCUAUUAUAAUUUCUCCUUUGGUGUCUUUGAUGGAAGAUCAGGUGGAGGGCCUGCCCAUAGGAAUAAAUGGAGCCUGCUUGCAUACUAAUAUGACACACAGCCAACGAGAACUCGUUAUUACUUCUGUAAAUUCUGGUAAAGUUCACUUCCUUCUUCUGUCCCCAGAAGCAGUCAUUGGAGGUCAAAAGUCAGUUCUAACAGAGCUCAGCAAAGAUGUAAUGAUAUCAUUUGCUUGUAUUGACGAAGCCCAUUGUCUUUCAGAAUGGUCCCAUAAUUUCCGUCCUUCAUAUUUACAAGUAUGCAAAAUUCUCAAGGAGAAACAUGGUGUACAGUGUUUCAUCGGGCUUACUGCAACUGCAACAUUAGCACAAAGUAAACACAUAGCACAGCAACUUGGGAUAAAUGAUGUACAAGAUGCUGUGAUUAGAGGAGCUCCCAUACCGAAGAAUCUUGUGCUUACUGUGUCAAGGGACAUCUAUCGAGAUGAAUCUCUCAUUGAGCUCCUAGAAGGGGAAAGAUUUUCCAAAUGUGAAUCAAUCAUUAUUUAUUGUACACGAAGAGACCAAACUGAGAAGAUUGCAACAUUAAUAAGAACAGCUUUAAAAGAUAAAUCAGAACAAUUUUUCAGCUCAAGAAAGGAAUCAGCAAAUGGUUCCAAAUCAAAGAAGACACCAAAAAAUGCUGCUCAGUCUAUUGCAGAAAGUUAUCAUGCUGGACUGACAGCAUAUCAAAGAAAACGUAUUCAAAAGGCUUUUAUGUCUGGGAGAUUGUGGAUUGUUGUAGCCACUGUAGCGUUUGGCAUGGGGAUUGAUAAAUCUAAUGUGCGUGGAGUGAUUCAUUACAAUAUGCCAAAAAGCUUUGAAAGUUAUGUGCAAGAAAUCGGUCGUGCUGGUCGAGAUAGUAAACUUUCCCAUUGCCAUUUGUUUAUUGAUAAAGAAGGACAAGAUUUAGGUGAGUUAAAGAAACACAUCUAUGCAAAUUCAAUUAGUCGAUUCAUUGUCAAAAAAUUCAUUCAAAGCAUCUUGAAACCUUGCCGAUGUCUUCAGAUCCAUGCCAGAUGUUCCGAAAACCUAUGCGAACCAAAUGAAAGCAACGAAGACACCAAGAAAGAUUCAAACAAUCUUGAUUCUUUCCUUUGUUUUAACCACGAGAAAAGAAUAUGUAAAGGUCAUGAGGUAGCAGUCAGUAUUGAACCCUUGGUUCAGAGAUUAGAUAUAAAGGAAGAGAAUAUUUCCACUCUCUUCUGUUAUUUAGAACUGUCAUUCCCUGGACUUCUAAGACUGUUACCUUUAACAUAUGCAAAAUGUAAGAUAAACUGUUAUGGAGGAGCUGUUCAGUUGCAGGGUAUUGCAAAGAAAUGUUCUCCGGUGGCUGUUGCUGUUGCCAAACAGAAACUUGAAGGGAAAAAAUUCUGCACAGCUUCUUCAGUUGAAUUUCCUGUGAUUGAGCUGAGUGACAGCAUGGGAUGGAAUUCAGGCAUUGUGAAAAGAGAGUUGAAAUCGUUGCAGUGGAGUUUUGACAAUGAUUCAGGUGCUAAGAAGAGUGGCGUACUUGUUGAACUAUCAAACCUGGCCUUCCAUUUUGUAUCCUUUGGUGAUUUAAGUGACAACGAACUGGAUCACAUAAUCGACUACUUAUAUAACCGUGUGAAAACACAGGAGAAGAUAGAGUUAGGCCAGAUUCAGCGUCUACACCAAGCAGUGAUGUCUGUCUCGUAUAACAGUAUAUGCGGUUGCUUAGAUAAUGUCGAUGAGAAACGGAAUAAAAACUUGCACCAACUUAUUUUUGAAUAUUUUGAGGAAGAUUCUAUUACUGAACCUUCUGUUGAUGAACUGUCUACGUCUGAAUUGUCAGCCGUCAAAUAUGAUGUUGGUCAAAUAAGAAAUGACAUGAGAAGGUUCCUAUCAAUAUAUUCAUCUGAUCACAAUUUUACUGGUCACUCAAUUGCUAGAAUACUCCAUGGUAUUGGAAGUCCUUGCUAUCCAGCUAACAUAUGGGGCAGAGUUCGUCGGUUCUGGCGAUCUUAUCUCGGUUCUGACUUCCAAACCAUUGUUAAUAUUGCUACUGAAGAAAUUAUAAAUUAUAAGCACUAAAAGGAUGAGGAAUGGCAGAAUCAGUGGAGUAUCUGACAAAAUACCUUGUGCUCUUUAGUCACAGCACUUUCAAAUCCAAUGAUAAAAUAUAAACAGAUGUCUAGUAGUGUGGUGAGUUCAUUGCCAGUUUCUUCAGUGUGUUUUAUAUUGUUUCUACCAAGUUGGUCUUAGUCAACAAGAACAAAACACCACUCAGGGAUUUGAACACAUCAUCUUACAAUCUUGAGUUGAACAUCUUAACCACUAGGCACUUAAUACAUUCACAUAUAUAUAUAA